GACGCGCACGGGCAGGCGCCAGGCGGCGGUGCGGCUCCCGGAAAGGAACGGAUCUUCCAGGAAGCCGGGUUUGUGUUGCCGCCGCCGCCGCCGCCGCCGUCGCCGGCGUCGCCACCGCUCUGCGGUGGCCGUGAUGCGCUUAGCUCUCAGCUUCCGGCUGCCGGGAGCCCCGGCCGCCAAAUCGGGCGCCGCCGAGCAGGAAUGCUCUAACUCCCGGAGGACCGCAUCAUUUCCGUAAUGGUGUGUGAGGACUGACUCCUAGAACAGUACCUGCUCUCUGACCCAUCAGCAUGGGGAGGAUCGGCAUCUCCUGUCUUUUUCCUGCUUCCUGGCAUUUUAGCAUCUCUCCGGUGGGGUGUCCUCGAAUUCUGAAUACCAACCUACGCCAGAUUAUUGUUAUUAGUGUUCUGGCUGCUGCUGUUUCCCUUUUAUACUUCUCAGUGGUCAUAAUCCGAAAUAAGUACGGGCGGCUAUCCAGAGACAAGAAGUUUCAAAGAUACUUGGCUCGAGUUACUGACAUUGAAGCGACAGACACCAAUAACCCCAAUGUGAACUAUGGCAUCGUGGUGGACUGCGGGAGCAGCGGGUCUCGGAUAUUUGUCUAUUGCUGGCCGAGGCAUAACGGCAAUCCUCAUGAUCUGCUGGACAUCCGCCAAAUGAGGGAUAAAAACCGAAAGCCAGUGGUUAUGAAAAUAAAACCCGGCAUUUCAGAAUUUGCUACCUCUCCGGAGAAAGUCAGUGAUUACAUUUCUCCGCUCUUGAACUUUGCUGCAGAGCAUGUACCAAGGGCAAAACACAAAGAGACGCCUCUCUACGUUCUCUGCACAGCUGGAAUGAGAAUCCUUCCUGAAAGCCAGCAGAAAGCCAUCUUGGAAGACCUUCUGACUGACAUCCCCGUUCACUUUGACUUUCUGUUUUCUGACUCUCAUGCAGAAGUAAUUUCAGGGAAACAAGAAGGUGUGUAUGCUUGGAUCGGCAUUAAUUUUGUCCUUGGACGAUUCGAACAUAUUGAAGAUGACGAAGAGGCAGUUGUGGAGGUUAACAUUCCUGGUAGCGAAAGUAGGGAAGCCAUUCUCCGUAAAAGGACAGCCGGUAUUCUCGACAUGGGAGGCGUGUCAACCCAGAUAGCAUACGAAGUUCCCAAAACUGUAAGCUUUGCCUCCUCACAGCAGGAAGAAGUUGCUAAGAACUUGUUAGCCGAAUUUAACUUGGGGUGCGAUGUUCACCAAACCGAGCAUGUGUACCGGGUCUACGUAGCCACGUUUCUUGGGUUUGGUGGCAAUGCUGCUCGACAGAGAUAUGAAGACCGAAUAUUUGCCAACACCGUUCAAAAGAACAGGCUCCUGGGGAAGCAGACGGGUCUGGCUCCUGACACUCCAUUCCUGGACCCCUGCUUACCCCUGGACAUUAGAGAUGAAAUCCAGCAAAGUGGGCAGACCAUGUACCUCCGGGGAACAGGAGACUUUGACCUGUGCCGAGAGACCAUCCAGCCUUUCAUGAAUAAAACAAACGAGACACAGACCUCCCUCAACGGGGUCUACCAGCCCCCCAUUCACUUCCAGAACAGUGAAUUCUAUGGCUUUUCGGAGUUCUACUACUGCACUGAGGACGUGUUACGAAUGGGGGGGGACUACAACGCUGCUACUUUCACUAAAGCUGCAAAGGAUUAUUGUGCAACGAAGUGGUCGGUCCUGCGGGAGCGCUUUGACCGAGGACUGUACGCCUCACACGCCGACCUCCACAGGCUGAAGUAUCAGUGCUUCAAGUCCGCCUGGAUGUUUGAGGUGUUUCACAGGGGCUUUUCGUUUCCUGUCAACUAUAAAAAUUUAAAGACAGCCUUGCAAGUUUACGACAAGGAGGUUCAGUGGACCCUUGGAGCAAUCCUUUACAGGACCCGCUUUCUACCCUUAAGAGACAUCCAGCAGGAGACCUUCCGGGCCAGUCACGCGCACUGGAGGGGCUUCUCCUUUGUCUACAAUCACUACCUGUUCUCGGGCUGCUUCCUGGUGGUCCUGCUCUCCAUCCUGCUCUACCUGCUGCGGCUCCGGCGCAUCCACAGGCGGCCACCGCGCAGCGCUUCCACCGCCACCCUCUGGCUGGAGGAGGGCCUGCCGUCCCAGAUGGCUGCCUGAACGGAGGAACGAACUCGAGAGCCCAGGAAGACUUUCUGAAGGAAAAGCCAUUUUUGCCUCAGGGUUUCUCUUUAGUCUCACUCGGCUUCAUUUUUCCUUUCCCUUUUUGUUCCUUGAAACAAAAACAAAAUCCGUUGUCCGUGAGCUCUGCUGACCAGAAAGUGUUGCCUUCAGCCGUGCUGUAUACAGCUUUAAGUGGAGGGAAAAGGGAAAAGGACUUCGUUUCUGCUGCAUAGGAUAUGGACUAAGGUUUUUGGCUUUUCUUUAAGGGAUGUUAAAUUUUAAACAGAUGCGCUUUGCCUGGCGGAGUGUUGGAGGGAAUGGCAAAGCCGCUUCCCAUCAGUGGAGGUGGCACUGAAGAGUGUCGCGUUCUCAGAGCCAGAACCCGCCUGGCGGAAAUCCUAGUCCUCUUUUCGUCCAUCUCAAAAGCUCUGACUUAAAGAGGGUGGUGUGUAGUUUUUACUUACUGUUCAGGUCUGUCACUGUAUGUUUUCUUUGUAGGUUUAAAAACUCAAAGCCAUUUAUACCCGAGAGAGAAAUGCAGGCACCAGGAGGUAACUGUUUUUAAAACUGAUAGUCCUGGAAGAUGUGAAAUAGUGACUAGAGCAGUGUACAUGUGUGUAUGAGAGAGAGUGAUGUGUGUGAGAGAAAGUGAGAGAGAAUGUGUAUGAGGGAGAAAGUGACAAUGAGUGUUAAAGAAUGUGUGUGUGAGAAAGUGAGAAUGUGUAUGUAUGUGAGAGAAAGUAUGAGAGAGAAUGCGUGUGUGUGAGAACAAGAGAACAUGUGAGAGAAUGUGUGUGAGAUAGUAUGUGUGUGUAGAAGGAGUGCAUGUGAGUGUGUGUGUGUGUGUGUGUGUGUAGGAGAAGGAAUGCGUGUGAAAGAGAGGGAAUGCGUGUGUGUGAAAGAGAAAUGCUAAGGGAAGAGGAUGAGAGAAUGCAUGCCCUUUUUUAAAAAACACUCUUCAAAAUUUACCAUUGCAUUUCUUCUUAAUGUAGAACACUCCCCAUUGCCAUUCAUCCAUUGUCUUUCCUGACCGCAGGUCAUGACUUUGUCCGUCCCACCUUUCAGCAGCCUUAGAAUAUUAUGUCUUUGAGUGAGUUGGAAAAUCCCUCAAGUUUCACGGGUUUCGAUGUCAUUAGAACUGGAGCUUGUGCCUCCUGACAGUCACGUCAGCAUUUCUCAGUGGCUUAAUUGUGCUCCAGUUUCUUCCAGCGUCAAGUUGGUGUCCCCUCCUUAAUUAAAAAUGGCCUCUGUGGUUUUACUUUGGAGACCCCCAUCCUUACAUGUUCUCUCUAUUAUGGCCAUGACUGAGGCCGUGGUGGUUAAUCCCACUGUAAAUCCAGACUAAGAGAAGGGUCUGACUUUAACCAGAAAUAAACUCACACUUGGAGAAAACAAGUUUGACAUUUUAAACAAAAACCUAAAGAGGACACCUGGAUUGGCGUAUGUGAGAUCAGUUGUUUUACACCUAUUCAUUUUGUUUAGAAGCCUUGGGAAUUCUCAUACCUAGUUUUUGUAGGUGAAGUUGUUUUUAUGAGUGUGCGUGUGUGUGCAUGCAGGCUGUUUCUUAACCCCAGAGCGCUGAAAUUCAUUUGGUUGAUAGCAAAUGUCUAUGUGGAGAACCGUCAGCUGCUUUUUCAGACAUUGUUGGUUAGAGAACGGAUUCGGAUCCUGAAGCCCUUAUUUAACUUAGAUGUUUAUCUUGUUUAUUAUUUAAAACAUGGCAUACUGUAUCUUGAUGACUUGAAAAGAUUACAAAUGUAUAAAAGAAAUGCAAAUUCUCUUACUCUGCUCUUCCUAGUGAAUAUUCUAACAGUGAAAAAGUGAUGGGUAGCAGAUUUGUCUCACAGACCCACGGAAGGUUGGAGGAGCCGUGUGCUCGUACAGCCUCUGGCGUGUGUGUGCUCUGGUCUCAGAGAGGACGGAGGUAAAUUUCCCUGUGAAAGGUCCAGCUUCUGAAACGCCCAUCUCCAGCUGUUUAAGUGCUUGGUCCCUGGUAAACACGGGUCCUUAUCAAGACCCAGCCACCGAAGGACAGUGUUUUAGACACCCCAGGAGUAGAGUGAGCUGGUGUCCUUGAAUCCUCUGACGGGGUUCUGUAGACUGUGGGUGGCAUCAGCAGCGAAGAGGAAGUAUGUCUAUGCAUUAGCUUUUCUACUGCCAACCAUUGGGAGUAGCAAGUGACCUGGAGAAUGAAACUUCAGAUGCCUGCACUAUGUGAUUUUGCCUUUAAAAUCAAGGCAAGGAUUAGCCAGCAUAGGCCCAGAUUUAAAUGGGCCUUAGUUAAGACUUCCUAGCACAGAUAGCCACUUUUUAAGUAGAGGGUGCCAGUUUGGUCCAGCUCUACUGUUGGGGGGGGGGGGCGCCAGAAUCAAGACAACCAGUUCUGCUCUAUGUCUGGUCUAAGGAUUCCUCUACAAGGACCUACCUCAGGCUUCUAAAGAAAUCCCAAGUCAAGGUUCCAAGGACCGAACAACCUUACACUUUAUGUAGUUAAGUGCCCAUGUUCCCCUGCCAAAGAACUCCCUGGGGUUGGCGGGGGCGUGUGGGGGGAGGGUGGAGGCAAACUAUUGGCCACGGGGGAAAUCUAGAAGGCACUCGAGCUGAGAAUUGUUUUUCAAUUUUUGAAAGGUUGUUCAAGAAAAAAAAGGGGGAGUACGUGUGAGAAUAUGUGACAGAGUAUAUGUGACCUGUGGAGCCUAAAAUACUAAAUGUCCCUUUACAGACAGAUGUCACUUAAAGACAUUCACUGACCCCUGCGGCAACUCCCCAUUCAGGGAAGCAUACGCACCACACCUUCUUAGUUCAGGGGGCUGGUUACCGCGUGCGGGCACAAAGAGAUGAGCAAGAGAAGUGGCUGGCUUACAAUCUGGAAACAUUUGUGUGCUAGAAUCCCACUGUUCGCCUUUCCCUCAAGAUUAUUUUCAAGAGCAGCUUUCCAGUAAGCCAGCAAGCCCGGUGGUCCCCCACGGAUGCUGGUCAGGAGGCCUGACAACGCCUCAUGGCAUCCUCCAGAGGAUCUCACGUGGGUCUUUCUGAUGCAGGGGCCAGGGUGGUGCGGGGUGAGGAGCUUAAAUCAGGAGAUGAGUUCACAUCAAUUAAAGGGCCGGCCGAGAAGGCAGGGAAUACUUGGCCCGGACUGAACUCGCCAGCAACUUUGUGGAAGAAAACACCCUGUGCUGAGCCUUGCUGUGAGCACUGCUGCUCUCCAGGCACCCCCCAUUGCCCCAGGGUGCUCGCAGAGAUCUGACAGUCCACUGAAGGACAUCAAAGCAACAGUACACAUAUACCCAUUUGUACCCGGGCUGUUUGCAUACUUUGACCCAAAACUACUGGCCUUGGGCCGCGCUCCCCAGCCUGGGGGGUGAGCUGGAGAAGCUGCUGUGGCUGUGCCUGGCCCCCUUGGGCAGCUGGGCACUGGCUCACACCUAGUUGGCAAGCUCUAGAUGGACAGAUAUUUAAAGUUGAAAUAUCAGUCCUGUGCAUAGAAUAGUUUUCCUUAGAAGCAUGCGUCACUUAGCAAGAAACCCAGAAAAGAAAAUGUAUUUUCUAAGCUUUAAAAAAAAAAUCAGCUUUAGGAUUUUGUGUGGUUAUAUGUGCAAUGCAGCAAAACUACCUACAUGUAAAUUAUUUAGUUAUUUAUUUCCACUUAAGUGUUUUCUUUUUUAUGAUGUUGCUUUUCUGGUUGAGUAAUGAAUGAUGUGACCAACAAAGGAAAAUUCUUUGUUCUGUCACUGGGUGGUAUCUUACAGUUAGGAAUUAGAAAAACUAAGGGAGAUCUUUAAAUGUUUUUUUUUUUUAAAUAAUGCUUUUUAUUCAAGGUAAGGAUAAUUCCCUUUGGGGUACUGUGGAGUCCGAUCAUUUUCCGUGUUUGGCAGCCUCGUGUUGCCACCCUUGCACCCAGAUGGGUGCUGAGAGCCAAUAAGCUGAAAGCUCGUCUGCUGGCCCAGACUCUCUGUGAGCUUGCUUUCUUAGGACUGAAAUGGAUUCUUCUCUGAUUUUGGAAUCUUGUCACCUGUUAGAAUGCUUAGUUGAGUUUGAAUCUCAAUUCAGUACAAUAAAUUGUCUGAAUCUGACUGCA